AUGCGCUUCGCCCUCCUCGCUCUCCCCGCCGCGCUCUUCGCCGGCCUCGCCUCCGCCGCCGCCACGGCCGAGAAGCGCCAGACGGACCCGACGAACCCGCAGAACCUCAUCAACUGCCCGCCCGGUGGGGGUGCGGACGCGUGCCAUCUGGAGACGAGUUGCAACCGCAUCCGCAUCAACUACGGCUGGGCGCUCAACGGGCAUUACAUCUGGUACAACAACAACCCGGACGAUGUCCCCGAUGGCAAGCGCAUCGAGAUCGACAACGAGGGUACCUGCUAA